AUGGUAACGCCGGCCACUGAGCCCAUUGCUAUCAUUGGCAGUGCCUGCCACUUUGCCAAUGUUUCAACGCCGUCGGAACUGUGGGCACUCCUGAAAGAGCCGCACGAUGUUCGACGUGAGAUCCCAGACGACCGUUUCAGCGCCAGUGGUUUCUAUCACGAACGACAUAGCCAACCUGGUCAUACUAAUGUUCGCCAUGGAUAUUUAAUGGACGAAGAUCUCAGUGCGUUUGACGCAGAAUUCUUCGGCCUGAAGCCAGUGGAGGCUAAGGCGGUGGACCCACAGCAAAGAUGGCUACUUGAGACAGUCUAUGAGGGACUUGAGUCUGCUGGUCUUACUAUUCAGGAAAUGAAAGGCAGCGACACUGCUGUAUUCGUUGGAGUCAUGAGUGGUGACUACGAAGCAAUGUUGCUCAGGGAUCUUCAAGCCACUCCAACUUAUUUCGCGACGGGCACAGCGAGAAGCAUAUUGUCAAAUCGCAUAUCACAUUUCUUCGACUGGCACGGACCUUCAGUGACGAUUGAUACGGCAUGCUCUUCGAGCUUGGUGGCCUUACACAUGGCGGUGCAAGCCCUACGGACAGGUGACACCCACGUCGCUGUUGCGUGUGGAUCAAAUUUGAUCCUUGGACCCGAGAAUUUCAUCAUCGAGAGCAAGCUCAAAAUGCUUUCGCCUGAUGGCAUCAGUAGAAUGUGGGACCAAGACGCUAAUGGCUACGCACGCGGUGAUGGUGUCGCAGCAAUCGUGCUGAAGCCACUGAGCGCUGCUAUAGCUGAUGGCGAUCAUGUGGAAUGUAUUAUAAGAGAAACGGGAAUCAAUCAAGACGGCGCAACCCCUGGUAUCACUAUCCCAAGCGCAGAAGCUCAGCAAACACUAAUCCGUAGCACCUAUUCGAAGGCCGGUCUCGACAUUUCUAAGAUCGAGGAUCGUCCGCAAUACUUCGAAGCACAUGGAACAGGCACUCCCGCAGGAGAUCCUGUCGAGGCCCAAGCAAUCCAACGGGCGUUUUUCAUGGAAGCCAACACUGCGAACGAUAGACUGCCCCACACACAAAUAUCCGAGAAUCGCCCGUCGCUGUUUGUUGGGUCUGUCAAGACAGUACUUGGCCAUACCGAGGGUACCGCUGGCUUGGCUGGUAUUCUCAAAGCAUCACUGGCCAUACAGCAUGGAUUGAUUCCCCCGAAUCUACACCUCAGCCACCUCAGCAAGAGCGUCUCUCCUUUUUGCGAAAAUUUGGAGAUUGUCCAUGGCGCCGCCAAGCCAUGGCCUCAAUCCAACACUAGGUCUGGUUUGUGCAAAAGGGCAAGUGUGAAUAGUUUUGGCUUUGGUGGAGCCAAUGCUCACGCCAUUCUGGAAAGCUUCCGCGACUCUGGUGCCAGCCCCGUGGACCAUGAAGGGCCUUUAUUCACACCGUUCGUAUUCUCAGCCAGCUCCGAAUACUCGUUGCGUGCCACCCUGCAGAAUUACACUACGUUUCUCAACCAGACACCAUUGCUCGAUGCCCACGACCUAGCUUGGACCUUGCGCAAAAGGCGAACACUCCUCAGUCAUCGAGUUUACGUUGCUGCGACCUCAGUAACAGAUCUGAAAGAUCAACUUUCCUCCAUACUUCAGAAAAGCGACGGGCCGAUCGGUGUACGCGGCCAGAGCAACAGUACAUCAGACACAAUCCUUGGUGUUUUCACAGGCCAAGGAGCUCAAUUUGCUCGACUCGGAGCGGAGCUGAUUGAAAAUUCCUUUAUAGCCCGGCGUAUUAUACAGGAAUUGGAAUCGCAUCUGGCUUCCUUGUCGCCAGCGGAUCGCCCAUCUUGGUCCCUCAUGGACGAGAUUCUUGCCAGAGGAACUUCGACCCGUGUUGGUGAAGCGGCUAUUGCGCAGCCUCUAUGUACUGCCAUUCAAGUCAUGCUGGUGGAACUUUUGGCUGAAGCUGGUAUUCAUUUUAAUGCCGUGGUUGGCCAUUCCUCUGGAGAAAUUGGCGCUGCUUACGCUGCUGGAUUGAUGUCAGCUCGCGAUGCUAUACUCAUCGCGUACUUCCGCGGUGUCUAUGUGGGCCGAGCAAGGAGCCCUAACGGUGCCCAUAUUCAUGGCGCCAUGAUCGCAGUUGGGACAUCGAUGGAUGAUGCUAAAGAACUAUGCAAUGACGAUUUAUAUGCCGGGCGGCUGUCUGUGGCCGCAUGCAAUUCAUCUUCAAGUGUCACUAUUUCGGGCGACGAGGAUGCUAUAAAGGACCUGCAGGAGCUCUUGGACGAUGAGGAAAAGUUCCAUCGUCAGCUUCGAGUAGACACUGCGUAUCAUUCGCGGCAUAUGGACCCAUGCUAUAUGCCUUACCUCGAGGCGCUAAGACGGAAUGGUGUUCAACCCAUCAAGCCCGCACAGUCGUCACAUAAAUGCGAGUGGUACUCCAGUGUUUACGACUGCGUCAUGGAUAUGGAUGCAUGCAACGGGCUGAAUGGGGAAUACUGGGCAGAGAACAUGACGCGACCAGUUCUCUUCGCGCAGGCUCUGACAACAGCGCUCCACUCGACGGGCGGCCGGGGCUUCAGCAUGGCACUAGAAAUCGGCCCUCAUCCGGCUCUUCAAGGCCCAGCAUGCCAGACUAUCCAGGAGGCCCUUGGAAAGACAAUACCUUACCACUCUACCCUUAUACGUGGCAUAAAUUCAGUAACGGCCCUAUCCGGCACCCUUGGAUUCCUGUGGCAGCACCUCCAACGAGACGAUAUGAAGGUUCCUAAUCUUGAGGCUUACGAAAAUGCCAUGGCUGCUGAUGGAGAAUGUGGCAGCAACUACCGGAAGCAGUCUCUUAAAUUGAUCAAGGGCCUCCCAACCUACCCCUGGAAUCACUCCACUAAAUACUGGGCUGAAUCCCGGGUCUCGCGGCGCAUGCGUCUUCGCAAAGACGUCUAUCAUCCUUUGCUUGGCCACAAGGGCCCAGAUAGCAGCAGACACCAUCUUAUCUGGCGCAAUCUCCUACGAGCAGAGAAGGAGGAUGACGAUGAAGAUAUACUUCAGCUGAAUGGUCAUCGCGUCCAGGGACAGACGGUCUUCCCGGCAGCCGGAUACAUAGCCACUGCCGUCGAGGCGGCAAAAGAUCUGCCCAAGGCCUCCUCCAACACGAGUCAAUCACUGCAAAGUGAAGUCUCUCUUAUUGAGAUACACAACUUGGUGAUCCAUCAAGCACUUAUUCUGACUUCUAAUACUGGCGAAGGCAUCGAAGUUCUAAUUGAGCUUGACAAUGUCAGAGCAACUCUCAACAACGAUCGUGUGAAGGCACGAUUCUCCUAUUCGGCCGCUAUAGGACACGAUGAUGAGCUGACGCUGGCGGCAAGUGCCGAAAUCGAAGUUCGCAUUGGAGAGAACUUGGACCCUCAGUUGCUGCCCAUGCGCCAGCCUCUAUCGCCGCAUCUGGUGCCUGUGGAGAAAGACCGCUUUUACACGUCUCUGGCCAAUCUAGGGUAUGAGUAUGAGGGCGUUUUUCGAUCAUUGACUGAUUUGAAGCGGAAACACGGCCAAGCAUCAUGCGUGGUCGACCUUUGCAGUGGGGAAAAGACCAACGUUGCGUAUGAUCCCGGUGAUGGGAGCAAAGUCAAAAUGCUACUGCAUCCAGCAUAUUUAGAUUCGGCAUUCCAAUCCCUUCUUUUGGCCUAUAGCUAUCCAGAAGAUCAUCAGCUGCGCACUUUGCAUCUACCGUUGCGUAUUGAGUGCAUCCGCGUCAAUCCAGCACUCUGUCACGGCCUGAGUCAUAAUUCAGAUGUCAUCCAUCACAAAACAGACAUCAACUGUCAAGAGUUGGCCUUGGUCGAUGCAGUGGUCGUUCGCCCUAGCAAGAAUGGUCGGCCGUUGCCAUCACUUUCGCAGCCGCAGGGUGGCUUCGAGGGCGACAUCGAUGUGUUUACCAGCUCCAGCCCUCACGCUGCUGUCCAAGUACGAAAUGUACAGCUCGUGCCCUUGGGAGGAUCGGCGAAUGAAGGUGAAGAUCGCAAAGUCUUCCUCGAAACGCAAUGGGUGGACAUGGUACCUGAUGGUCUUGCCGCGGCAUUGGCCGACCGUUCGAUCGCUAUGUCCCAGAAGGAGAAAGACCAACUCGCUGCCCUCAAACGCCUAGCAGUCUUCUACUAUCGACAAUUUGACGCGGAAGUGCCAAGCAAAUCUGCACUUCGAUUGCCUCCUGAGAGCGGUGCAACUGCUUACUUUCUAGAAUAUGCGCAGCAUGUUCUGUCCUCACUUCCAGCGGAUUGGCCAGAAGACACAAUUGAAGAUAUUCACAAGGCAACGCAGGUGUGCGGUGGACUUCCUGAUGUCGAUGUGAUGCAUCUCGUAGGCCAAACGAUGCCUCGUGUGUUCCGUGGCGAAACUACUAUGUUAGAAGUCUUCCGAGAGUCAGGUGUACUAGACGACUAUUAUAAGCACAGCUUCUCGUCUGAACCCUCCGGGCAUUGGCAGACGAGAAUCGUGGAGCAAAUUGCGAUCAGAUAUCCGCAACUGAAUAUCUUGGAAAUUGGUGCCGGAACUGGUGGAACAACGAAGCCCAUACUGAACAGUCUGGGUGAUCGCUUUCAGAGCUACACCUUCACCGACGUCUCAGCAGGCUUUUUUGGCGCUGCUGCUAAUGCGCUUUCCGCAUUUUCUGACCGCCUUACCUUCAAGACACUGGAUAUAGAGAGUGACCCUUGUUCACAGGGCUUUCGAGAGGGGGCGUAUGAUCUCAUUGUCGCGUCUUUUGUCCUGCAUGCCACAGCAUCAUUGUCUCGCACCCUGGCUAAUGCCCGCAAGCUCCUGCGACCCGGGGGGUUCCUUGUUGUCGGCGAAGGCAGCGUGCAAACCACUCCAGUAUCCAGUUUUAUCUUUGGUCCGCUACCUGGUUGGUGGCUUGGGCGUGAUGAUGGCCGUGUGCUAUCACCCCAUGCAUCAGCCGCGGACUGGGAUCGGUUAUUGCGCGAGAAUGGGUUCUCGGGGAUCGACACGAAGGCUCCCGAUGAGUGGGAAGACGUCCUUGGUGUUUGUCUGUUUGCUUCACAGGCUGUAGAUGAUCAAAUUCGGUUUCUCCGCUCCCCCCUUUUGGACUCGACUCCAAAGCCCGAGCUCGCGUCAAAAAGAUUGGUCCUAUUCGGCGGUAAAACGCCUCAUGUUUCGCGACUCAUUGCAGAAAUCAGAAAGCUACUGGAAUCACUUUCUGUGGAAAUCGAGGUUCAUCAAACUCUUGCGAGCGUUGACUAUGAUGAUAUCACGACGAGUCAAUCUCCAACAAUGGCCAUUCUGAGCUUGGUCGAUCUUGACAAGCCUAUAUUCGAAGACAUGACUGAAGUAGACUUUUCAUCUAUUCGGCGGAUAUUCUCGCAAGAAAAGACAAUGCUUUGGGUCACGUCAGGACGAAGGUCCGGUGAUCCAUAUGGUAACAUGAUUGUCGGCUUUGGUCGCACCGCCGUACACGAAACGCCAGGCUUAAAUCUGCAGCAUCUGGAUGUUGCAGAUCCUAACACAGAUGGAGUCGCGCGUACGAUCGCCGAGACAUUUUUGCGUCUUUUGAUGAUCCCUACAAUGGCUGAUAAGGACCAAAAAGCAAUGUGGGUGGUGGAGCCUGAGAUCGUAGUGGAGGCGACUGGACGAAAUCGGGUCGCUCGACUGAUACCUCUUCGUGCUCUAAACGACAGGUAUAACUCCGGAAGACGUCUCAUCACGCAAGAUGUUGACAUCAAAGAUAAUCCUGUUGCAAUAUGUCGAGAUGCAUCCGGAGAUAUUGCACUUGAAAGAGUGAGGUCGGAGAUUGUUCGGCCCGUCAAGGAGACGGCGGAUCUCGGAGGCUCCUUGCUCAGUUUGCGCGUCACUUACGCAGUUGUUCCUGGUAUCAGAACACCACUCGGGCACAUGUUCCUCGCUGUGGGGCUAGAAACAAAUACGGGGUCGACAUAUUUACUUCUGCUUCCCUUUCUGGCUUCUCUGGUCAGCGUACCUACCGCCGCCGCCUUGUUACUCCCCCCGAAUAUUCGCACAGACUCGAAGACACUUUCAUUUCUAGCCGAUCAUCUCACGACUCUGUUCAUUUUGAAAUCAGUUCUUCCCGGUCAAGCUGUGGUGGUACAUAAUGCCACUGAAAGCUUGGCUGCAGCAAUCUCUUCUCAGGCAAUGGCCAAGAAUGUGCUGACGGUCUUCACUGUGGAUGAAAGCAUGGAUCAUGGACUGUCCAGAAGAAAUUGGAUCAGCCUUCCACGAUUCGUGAGCCAAGUUGACCUGUCCAAAUUACUUCCUUAUAGGGACAGGAUUUCGUGCUUCAUCAACCUGACGCCAUGUAACGCCUUGUCAGACAGCUGGGAGUCGAUCAAAGCUAGUGUUCCAGCCUGGUGUCGACUAGAAACAGUGGACACUCUCUAUUCCUGGGAAGGUUCCCCUGGUCUUUUCACUGCUCAUGCACUUAUAGUGCAAGAUCUUCAAGAAGCGUUCCAGAUGACACAGCGGUGCAGUCAAAGCUGUCAAAAUCCACCUGUGGUCAUGAGACUGGAAGAUCUGGUCACCUCAAAGCAAGAUGCUGACCCAACUCACGCAAAAAAUGGUCUCACCAUUCUUGAUUUCACGGCUCAAACUCUACUACCUGUACGCGUCAGAAGAUUGGACGCUUAUGGAACCAUGUUCAAGCACGACAUGACAUAUUGGGUGGUCGGACUAUCCGGUGACCUAGGUAUUUCGCUCUGUGACUGGAUGAUUAGUACUGGGGCGAGGCAUCUCGUUCUUACAAGCCGGAAACCAAAUAUCGACAAGGCCUGGAUGGAGUCGCACCUACAUGAUGGAGUGCAUAUAACAAUCAUUCCUUGUGAUAUCACUAGCUACCCAGCCCUCACCGCUGCCCACGCGCAAAUUUGUGCCGCACAUCCACCUAUCGCUGGGGUGUUCAACGGUGCCAUGGUGCUGCGCGAUACAUUCAUCCGUAACAUGGAAUUCACGCAGCUUGAGGAGGUAGUGAAACCAAAAGUGAUCGGAAGUCUCAACCUGGAUAAAAUCUUCUCGGCAGCCAACCCUCCUUUAGACUUCUUUGUCCUCUUCUCCUCGACCAACUUCACCAUAGGUAACCAGGGCCAAGCAAACUAUGCCGCCGCCAACGCCUUCCAGUGUGCCCUCGCAGCCUCGCGAAGAAAGCGUGGCCUUGCUGCCUGCGCAGUAAACAUCGGCGCAAUCAUUGGAGCAGGGUACAUCCAACGGUCAACGAACUAUAGGCGCGUAUUGGACCUCACUGUAACUCGUGGGAACAUGAUGCACUUGUCUGAGGAGGACUUUCACCAGCUCAUCGCCGAAGCUAUAGAAGCAGGUCGGCCUGGAUACGGCGGAGUGGCUGAGCUUUCUACAGGGCUGAUGGACGUUGAGCAUGACACGGCAUCACCGCCUCUCUGGUUCUCGGAUCCGAAGUUCGCCCACCUGACUUUGCUUCGGGACGGGAACAAGAGCUUGGAAUCCUGUAGAACCGAGCCAAGUGCCAAUAACAAUAGUCCCGUCGCCUUCAAAGAGCGACUGAAAUCCUGUCAAAGCCUCAUGGACUGCGAGCGGGUGAUUUCGGAGGCGUUCGCGGCCCAGCUUCGUCAGGAGUUACAGAUCACGGGGACAUCGGACACCGAAUUGAUGGAGUUGCGCAGCAACGAGAUCGGACUUGAUUCCCUCGUCUCGGUUGACAUCCGAAGCUGGUUCCUAAGAAUGGUUGGUGUCAGCAUCCCUGUGCUGCGCAUAAUGAGCAACAACACCAUGAAAAGUCUCGUUCAGCUAGCGGUAGAAGGUCUAGAAUCGGAUCUGACUGCGCAGAUAUCGACUACCUCCGUCGACGGAGGAGAGGUGACUGAGAAAAGCGACUCAUCAAGUGAUGUGGCAACACCUUCAGAAAGCGUCAGCAGCCAUGAUUCACCAUUACAUUGUCAAUUGCCAAGGGAAACAGCCGAAGCCCAAGUCGACUGGGAGGCCGAAACGCUUCCUCCAGCCGUCGACCCCGAUAUAGACCGCCAGCUCCGAUCUAAUCCCGGCUGGACUCCCUCCCCAUCAGCUCGACCACGAACUCUUGUUCUCACGGGAGUGACUGGGCUCCUGGGAUCACAUUUAUUGAACUACGUGCUCAGCAGUCUCCCAACAGUUGUUAACGUCAUCUGUAUUGGCAUACGACGUCUGCCGGCCCCUCAUGCAGACACGCGGGUCAAGUUCUAUUCCGGAGAUCUCAGCGCCCCCCGUCUCGGCUUGUCACUUUCCGAUUCAGUGUCCAUAUUCGCAACCGUGGAUGCGGUGAUCCAUGUUGGUGCCGACACGUCGCACUUGAAGCCCUACGCAGCGCUGCGUGAUACCAACGUCAAAUCUACGGCAGAGCUCGCGCGGCUGUGUCUUACACGCCGAGUUCCGCUGCACUAUGUAUCCACCGUGGGCGUUGGUUUCUUCUCUGGGGAGCAUGAACUACGGCCUCAACGAGCCUCUGGCACACCAGGACGAGAGAGUGAGGGGUACACGACAAGCAAGUGGGUGUGUGAGCGCAUGCUAGAGCGCAUGAAUGCCGAUACGGGGCUCCCUGUCUGGAUUCAUCGUCCCAGCGCGAUUCUGCGGCUUGGCAAGGACAAUGAAGGAGAUCGAGCGAAAAUGGACUGGUUGAAUGGCCUGCUGCGAUAUGUGUGGAAGCUGAGAGCCGUGCCAGCUGUGACAUAUAAUAAGGGAGCGUUGGAUCUAGUGUAUGCUCGUAGUGUGUGUGAGCGGAUCGUGCGGUGCGUUCUUGUUGGUCUAGAGUCGGGGUCUGACCUGGAGAAAGGUGUGAAUUAUGUCCAUGAGGUGGGUGACAUCGUGAUUCCGCUAAGCCGGAUGCACGAAGUUUUGGACCUUGACCUUGAAUCGGACGGCACCGAUGGCAUUCAGGGACUUAGGAAGGGCGAAGCGAAUCACAUGGGUGAUUAUUCGACUCCCAAAUGCGAAAUUCUGCCAAUGGCCUUUGGCUUGGCCGCAGGCAUUCUGCAAUUUGUCCAGUUCUCCUCCGACAUUUUCAAGACCGCAUACGGGUCUUACCGGCUUUUGCAACAGGACAGUGCGGGCGCGGUUUGUCACGACUGGAGUCUUAAGCAACUUCAGAAGAGUCUCGAAUCCUUUGCCCAGCUCUCCGCGACAAAGGAGAGGUUUUGCGUCUUCGUCGACGGUUUGGACGAAUUUGAUGGAGACCAUUCGGAUAUGGUUGAAACUCUGCUUCGACCAUCGGACUCUACCCACCUCAAAUUAUGUAUCGCCAGCCGACCACGGAAUGUGUUCGAAAUAGGAUUUGGCCAGUCAGAGCAGCACAAAAUCUACAUGCAAGAUCUUACUCGUCAGGAUAUCCUGAAUUUCACCCGAAGUCGGCUAAAGGGGCAUUUAUGGAACAGAUGGGCUCACUCGGUCACCACAGAGGAAUGCGAAACACUUAUAAAAACUGUCGCUGACCAGGCAGAGGGCAUUUUCUUCACUGUACUCAUUAGUGUGCCCAAGAUGUCGUCCUCGUAUGUUACCGCCAACUCAGACCAAGCACCUCAGACUAUGGCUGCGAUCUUUGAAGCAGUCAUGUCCUCAGAUGAAGAUGCGGCUCAGCGCUUGUUGGAACGAGACAAGCAGAGUCUUCGCGCAAUGACUAUGGAAGGAAACACACCACUCCACGUCGCAAUCCAGCACGGCCAUAUGGCUAUGGUUAGGCAGCUUGUGCUCAAAGGGGCUGAUCUGGAAAUUAGAAGCAGAGACGGAAGCGCACCUAUUUACUUAGCUUCUGCCUUGGGCUUCGUCGAUGCCGUCGAAUUUCUUCUAAGAUAUCAUGCGGACGUUGAGGCUUGGAACGCCGCCACUGGGCUGACUGCUCUCCAUGUCGCUGUCACAGGUGAACACAAGACUACUAUUCAGGUACUGCUUGAAUAUGGGGCGAAUAGGUGGAAGCGGGACUCCCAUGGUCACUCGGCACUCGAACGUGCCCAGGCGAACGACGAGGUGUUGACCAUACUGCAGUCCGAGUCGCUACUACAAGGGCCGUCAGUCGUAUCGGAAGACCCGCGAGAUGCCUCAUUGCCGAGGUUCGACAGUUGUUUCGCCUUUCCUGAAGAUUUGAGCCAAACAGAUGCCUGCAAAAGGCUCAAGGCAACCAUAGUAGACUUCUAUCUGGAUAGGGCCGAGCAGAGGAUACAAAUGUCAGCGAGCAUACAAGACCUUUUGUACGGUGACGGUCCCGAGGCUAUUAUGACGAGAGCGUGGCCACAAAGAAUGAAUGGAUUGAAACCUGCAUUUCGGUGGUAUCACUUACCUGCGAAUAAUAUGCAAUGGGUAACGGCCCUCGUGAAGCGACAUCUCGCUGGCAGUGACGAAGGCGCUCGCUGGUUGUCAGAUGACUUUAUGACCAGCCUGGGCUUGUGUCGCCCGCGAGAUCAGUCUGUGUUUGCAUUUAUGAAAUCUAUGUGCCAAGCGAGUAAGAUUCCGUUCUUGAAUUACGAGACACAGAGUGGAUUCCAAGCCAUGUCAGAGGUCAUUUUGCGAGUCACCAAAGCAAGACACUUACAUCUUGCUUCUCGUCCCGAUCUGCCUUCACGAGCAGCGGAGUCUGUCCUUACUGGACAGUCCACGGCUGCGCCACGAAGUGUAGAAGGAGUCCGAAUGACUGAUGAGAUUGGGGAGACUCCAAGCUUUGACCAUCAAGAAGCUCUCAACGAGGUCCAUCAAUUCGAUGGAAAUGCAGCUAAUCAGACAGUAUCUAAUGGCUGGCCAGUCACUGGAAGGGUAGGCUCAAGUGGAACGGUAGGUGCAGAGCCACACAACCUGAGUGGCGAUGCUACCAGUGACUACACCUCCGCGAAUUCUCGUUUGGAACGAAGUAUUCAAAGUAGUCUUCAGUCUGAAUCCAUCAUGCAUAUUGAUAGACGACCUUCGAAAAAUAGGCAGCAGUCCCUGAGUCCAACUGUGAGGUCUCAAGAAUCUUCUGAGACAAGAACGUGUGAGUCUGGAGGCCGAACUUCAGCAGAUAUGAUCCGAACACGAUCGUUCCACACCGCACGAGAGACUACAUCAACGCGGAUUUCUCCUCCACAGAACCCAAAAGAAAGCCUCAUACAAGGAUACUUGUUUUGCAAGAAUUUGGAGCCUGGUCCUCUACAACUAAGACGCACGUUGGAUCAAUAUCACUAUGCGCAUCUUGACACGACAAAGCAUAGGGACAAAGAUCAAGUUGUACUCAGGUAUACUUCAAAGACAAAUUCACAGCCCAAGUUGUUCAUGGUUGAUCAGAUGUGGUUGUGGGUUCUCAACGGAGAUACGGUUAUUAGCUGUUUUCCAAGUAGAUGGAAUUCUUCAACGGAUCAGCGCGACCCUAAGUUUCUGAUGUCUUUAUCGCAUAUCGACGGCGAUCUGCAUAUCAAUGGUGAUGUUCUUGAUCCAUAUCACACACUCAUAAGAUAUCUCGGUCUGUUCACACGCAAGCCAAUGACUUCGGCAUUUGAAUUGGCAAAAAUACUCUCGUCAUGUUGCGCCAAUAUCUUCGACGACUCAAUUCUGCCCGAAGACCUCGACUUCUUCGAAUUCUUUGAUAGAGCCAUUCGAGACGUCGUGAGUGAAGCACUUGAGCGGAUCCAUCGCGAUUUGGAUACGCUGACAAACCGCUAUCAGAGGGAUGAGGUGGCCCAAAUCCUUCAUGACUUUCAUGCCAGAGCAACUGGUAUUCCAUCUGUGAACAAGGCCAAAGAGCAAGAAGUUCCAAAUAUAGCCAAGGAAACAGGCCUACUCAUUGAGAUCGAAGACAUCCGCGACGAGAUUGGGAUGCUAAGAGCAGUUAUAAAGGACCAACGCGGCCUCUUACGCAAGAUGAACAGCAUAAUGGCUGACAACAUAGAGGAAAUCGAAGGCAGUACUGAGAGAAAGGGAGAGUUUACAGAAGACUUUCCAGUUUUAGAGCGUCAUUUGGUCAAGAUCGAGAAAAUGGAGGAGAUGGCUUCAGAGACAAGUAAUCUUCUUCAAUUCCUUGUUGAUUUGAAACAGAAGCAAGCCAGUAUUUUCGAAGCACACUACGCGCGGAAGCAAUUGGAAAAGGAAGCCGAGCAGGCUCAGGAUACGGCUAGGCAAAGCCAGACUACGGUAGUCUUCACUGUCAUCACAAUUGUCUUCCUUCCGUUAUCAUUCAUGGCCGCAUUCUUUGCAAUCAACAUCAAUGCGUUUCCUGUGGAUGAAAAUGGACAAUUGGGCUUGGACUAUGUGCUGCGAUAUAUGCUUGGGGUCUCUGCCGGACUUUCGGUGCCAUUCAUACUGGUCGUAUUCAACCAGGAGAAAGUAGCUAGAGGAUUGGGCCUCUUGAGGAUCGUCAUACUGCGGAUUCCGGUGUUGGUCUGGGAGGUAUUGAUUGCUGCAAUCAUUGCAAUGGUCGUCACAUGGACUACACCACUGACGUGGGGAUUGAAGCUUGUGUUGACAAUUGUCACAGUUGUAGCGACAGUGGCAUUCAUCUCUUACUAUAGUUUGAGGGUUUUCCUCACUAGUUCCUCAUUUACAUCAAGGGAGGAGCCGCCAGUGUGGCUUGUAGUGGUCAAGAUCAAGAAAGCUAUCAAGGAACGUGUGGAAGCUUGGAAUUGA